UUUUUCUAGUCUUACGAGUUUGGAAAACUUAGACCUAUCAUAUAAUCAACUAUCAGGAAGCUUUCCUUCUUGGGUUACCCAACAAAAUUUGGAAUUGAACUUGGUGGCCAACAACUUUGUGCUUGAUAGUUCUAAUAGCAGUGUUCUGCCUUCAGGAUUGAAUUGUCUUCAGCAAGAUAUACCUUGCAAUCCUGGAUCACCAAUUUAUUCUUCCUUUGCCAUAACGUGUGGUGGUGAUAAACCCAUCACAUCAUCUGAUGGAACUGUGUAUGAAAUAGACAGCAAAUCUUUCAAAUCGGCAUCUUAUUAUGUGACUGACCAAAACAAAUGGGCAGUUAGCAGUGUUGGAAUUUUUAUGGACAACCAAAAUGCUGACUAUAUACUGAAGAGUACAUCUCAGUUCUCAAACACUCAAGAAUCAGAGCUGUACCAGACUGCAAGGAUAUCUCCAUCAUCAUUAAGAUACUAUGGUCUUGGGCUUGAGAAUGGAAACUACACUAUAAAGUUGCAUUUUGCCGAGACAGAAAUCCUUGAUCUACCUAAUUGGACAAGUGUUGGGAGGAGGGUUUUUGACAUCUACAUACAGGGUAAACUUUCUGAUGGAAGAACUGUGGCUGUGAAGCAAUUAUCAGUAGCAUCUUGCCAAGGAAAGCUCCAAUUCAUGAAAGAAAUUGCAACUGUAUCUGCAGUGCAGCACCGAAACCUUGUGAAGUUGUGUGGUUGCUGUAUCGAGGGAGGCAAGCGGCUCCUAGUCUAUGAAUACUUAGAAAACAAGAGCCUGGAUCAGGCACUCUUUGGUAAGAACAACUUGCACCUUGAUUGGCCCACUCGCUUUGAAAUAUGUUUGGGUACAGCAAGAGGUCUAGCAUAUCUUCACGAGGAGUCAAGAGUGCGAAUUGUACAUAGAGAUGUCAAAGCCAGCAAUAUUCUGCUUGAUGCCGAUCUCAACCCAAAAAUAUCAGAUUUUGGUCUCGCCAAGCUUUAUGAUGAUAAGAAGACUCAUAUCAGCACAAGAGUUGCUCGUACAAUUGGUUAUCUUGCACCGGAGUAUGCGAUGAGAGGGCAUCUCACAGAAAAAGCCGAUGUCUUUGGAUUUGGAGUCGUAGCUUUGGAGGUCGUGUCUGGAAGGCCGAAUUCAGAUCGGAGUCAUGAAGAAGAGAGAGUUUAUCUCCUCGAAUGGGCUUGGCAUUUACGGGAGAACGGGCGCGAGCGGGAAAUGGUGGACCCAAGUUUAUCAUCAUUCAACCAAGAAGAGGCCAUCCGCAUCAUCAAUGUAGCUUUUCUGUGUACUCAAGCAUCGCCGAUGCUGCGCCCACCAAUGUCAAGGGUGGUGGCCAUGCUGGCAGGUGAUACUGAGGUGGGUGAAGUCACCACAAAGCCUGGUUAUUUGACAGACUGGCAGUUCAACCAAGAACAGCACAUGGCUUCAUGCUCCGACCCCAUGUUGGCUGAGGUCUUAAGUGGAGGAAGGUAGUAGCCGUUGGCCCAUUGAUCUGGAAGUAAAUUCCACUAGGCCACUUUUCAUGCUGCAGUUAUACAUUAUAAUCAUAUUUGGUAGAUAUAGAAAUCUAAAAUACCACUGAAUCCCUGUAGAAGAGGUUUUCUGCUCUUUAUUCCCUUAUUGCUU